AUGAAGAACCGGCCCCGGGGCCGCGGCGAGCCCGCCCGGCCCCACCGGGCGCCGGGGGCCCUGGCACCCGCCCCCGAGCGGCCUGACCCACCGUCUCUCCCCGUCGCUCGGGCGUCUCGCGCCGGGUCUGGAACACACCUUUGCACAGCAGCGCUGCCCUUUCGUCCGCCGGGAGAAGAAAACUUUUCGGAACAGGUUUCUCCAUCGGUGAGGGGGUCAGUCGCAGAUCCCACCGCCCCGAACUGCGGGGAGAAGCCAGCGGUGAGCCCAAGCACCGAGCUCCAGGGGGGGCCGCGCCGCGCCGCGCCGCACGCGCGAACCCGCCGAAGUCUCCGCGUCUCCUCCCGGGGCCCGGACCGGCGUAGGUCCCGGUCCCAUAUGCUGCGGACCGGGUGGCAGCUGGCGCCGCGGCACGCCCGUCUUCGCCGUCCCCGGCACCGGGGCCGGGGUCUGCCCUUCGCUGCAGUCCGGGUGGCCGACCCUGUCCGGCCAGCCCUGUCCUCCGCCCCCGGAGUCGGAAGCGGACGGGAGACGGCGGUCGGCGGGGGCCGCCUCCAUCGACCUCAAGGAAUAGGUUCUCCUAGUGUUUAUCAUGCGGUUAUCGUCAUCUUUUUGGAGUUUUUUGCUUGGGGACUGUUGACGGCGCCCACCUUAGUGGUAUUACAUGAAACCUUCCCCAAACAUACGUUUCUGAUGAAUGGCCUAAUUCAAGGAGUAAAGGGUUUGUUGUCAUUCCUCAGUGCCCCACUUAUUGGUGCUCUUUCUGAUGUUUGGGGCCGAAAGUCCUUCUUGCUGCUAACAGUGUUUUUCACAUGUGCCCCGAUUCCUUUGAUGAAGAUCAGCCCAUGUUGGUUGCAGGUUUCAGCAACGUUUGCUGCAAGUUUAGUUACCAGCCCUGCGAUUGGAGCUUACCUCGGACGAGUGUAUGGAGACAGCUUAGUGGUGGUUCUAGCGACAGCCAUAGCUUUGCUAGAUAUUUGUUUUAUCCUUGUUGCUGUGCCAGAGUCGCUGCCUGAAAAGAUGCGGCCUGCAUCGUGGGGCGCACCCAUUUCCUGGGAACAGGCUGACCCCUUUGCAUCCUUAAAAAAAGUGGGCCAAGAUUCCAUAGUGCUGCUGAUCUGCAUCACGGUAUUUCUCUCCUAUCUACCGGAGGCAGGCCAAUAUUCAAGCUUUUUUUUAUACCUCAGACAGAUAAUGAAAUUUUCGCCAGAAAGUGUUGCAGCAUUUAUAGCAGUCCUUGGCAUUCUUUCUAUUAUUGCCCAGACUAUAGUCUUGAGUUUACUUAUGAGGUCAAUUGGAAAUAAAAAUACCAUUUUAUUGGGUCUGGGAUUUCAAAUAUUACAACUGGCAUGGUAUGGCUUUGGUUCAGAACCUUGGAUGAUGUGGGCUGCCGGAGCAGUGGCAGCCAUGUCCAGUAUCACCUUCCCAGCGGUCAGCGCGCUUGUUUCACGAACUGCUGAUGCUGAUCAACAAGGUGUUGUUCAGGGAAUGAUAACAGGGAUUCGAGGACUAUGCAAUGGUCUGGGGCCUGCCCUUUACGGAUUCAUUUUCUACAUAUUUCAUGUGGAACUUAAAGAACUGCCAAUAACAGGAACAGACUUGGGGACAAACACAAGCCCUCAGCACCAUUUUGAACAGAAUUCCAUCAUUCCUGGUCCCCCCUUCCUCUUUGGAGCCUGUUCAGUACUGCUGGCUCUACUUGUUGCCUUGUUUAUCCCAGAACACACCAAUUUAAGUUUAAGGUCCAGCAGUUGGAGAAAGCACUGUGGCAGUCACAGCCACCCUCACAGUACACAGGCGCCAGGAGAGGCCAAAGAACCUUUGCUCCAGGACACAAAUGUGUGAUGACGGAAAUCAGGAAGAUUUUUCUAUCAGCGCCCAGGUUUAGUUUUCACCUGUAGUUCUGGAUGUACAUUCCAUUUCCAUCUACAAUGUACUUUAAGAUUGUCUUAUGAAAUGUAUCUGCAUGAACUCCGUGGGAACUAAAGAAAGAACCGGACAGUUUUCCAAAGAUGUUACAAUUUCUUUUGAAAAGAAAACUUUUGUUUAUUAGCACCAGUUUCUUGCCACUAAGCUGUUUUAUUAUACAUCCUUUAAUUAAAAACUCUAUAUGUAACUUCUUAGAUAUUAGCAUAUGUCUGCUACCAUUUCCCUAAGGUGUUGAGCUUUAACUCUAUACUGACUCCUGGAGAGACAGAGUAGGUAGUGUGGUUGUGGACCUGUUCAUUUUAACAUUGUAAAAUCCUGAGACAGAUUUUAGUAUUGUAAAAUCUUGAGUCAAAUAAUUCAAAGCCUUAAUGCAGGUGCGCUAAAAUAAAGAAAUGGCAAAUGAGUUGUUUGCAAUUUUAAAAAAAGACACUUAAGAAAACUGUACUAAAUCCGAAUCAUGUUUCAAGCUUAUUUGCAGUAAUUUAUUUUAAACAUCAUUCACUACUGUUUAUCAGCCACUUAGAAUUCAAAUUGGGGUAGAGCCUGUAAAUCUAAAUGCUGGCUCAGAUUUGUUCCCCAGUUACUUCUUAUACCAUAUUCUUUUAAUGUUUGCAUAAUCAUAAGAACCUCAACACUUGAAAACAUAAUCUAAAAAUUAUAGUAAAGUUGGUAGCCUUGAAAAUGUCAAUGUGAUAUCUAUAUGUAGAUAAAUAUAUAUAGUGGCCUUUCAGGACUGUCACAGUAACACUUUAUUUACAGAGCUAAUGUUUGUCCUAAAUUUCAGGACCCUAGAAGAGAGCUUUAUACAAUUACUGAUGUGAAUUUCUCUAAAGUGUAUAUUUUUGUGUCCAGUUAUAUUAUUUAAAAAAGUGUUACUUUGUAAAAAUUGUACAUAAAGUAUUGUAUAGUUUACACUGUUUUCAUCUUGUGUGUGGUUAUUGCCUAAUGCUUUUUAAACUUGGAACAUUCACUAUGGCUAAAUGAGGUCUUUAAAAUGUAAAUAUUCUGUUAAUAAAAUUAAAUAUUUUAAUGAUUUUUUUU